UCAGCCAUUAAAGUUGGAAGCAGAAACUCAGAAGCAAAAAGACGAUAAAAAAUAUUCAUCAUCAUCUAUCCCUCUUCUCUGUUCACCCACCGUUCUUCUUCCUUCUUCUCCUCCUUUCCUUUCCUUCAUCCACAAGCUUACAUCUCAAGCUGAAAUCAAAUUUCUCUCGAGAAAGUGACACAACAAGAACCCAUCCCCAAAGUUGUUCUUACUGAAACGUUACGAAACAGAGCAUUACAGCGAAAGGUUGAGACAGGGGAAGCGAAGCGAAGCUCGUCGCAAGUUGGUUUCUUUAAUGGAUUCAAAUACUCAAAACCAUCUCUACGACCCGAAUCACGUAUCUUCUUCUUCCGGGUCGGGUCUUCUUCGCUUUAGAUCUGCGCCAAGCUCUGUUCUCGCCGCUUCCGUAGACGACAACGACGAGACUGUGUUCAACUCAAAUGAGUUCGAGAACAAGUCUCCUGCUUCAUACGCCGCCUCUCCUCCGCCGCAGCAAGAGCCGUCGAGCUUCCUGGGUCUGCCGCCGCACUACCCAAAACAGAGUAACGGGAUGAUGAUGAUGAACACGAUUGGUUUGGAUCAGUUUCUGAGUAUGAAUAAUCAUCAUCACACGAGACCAGCUGAAUCACAUCUUCUCCGGCAAAGCAGCUCGCCCGCCGGGAUGUUCACAAACCUCUCCGAUCAAAACGGUUAUGGUUACGUUGGUGAAGAAGAAGAAGAGGAAGAGAGUCCAUCUCUUCCCAACGGGUUAAGACGCCAUAGCAGCCUCUCUUCAAGGCCACCUUCUUCUCUGGGAAUGUUCUCUCAGAUACCUGAAAUAGACUCGGAGAGUGUUCAAUUUAGCCAUUGGAAUGAUCCGUCCAGCUUCAUUGAUAACUUGUCCUCUCUCAAAAGAGAAACAGAGAACGAUGGAAAGUUGUUUCACGGAGCUCAGAUAAUGUCGCAUCGUUUGAGUCUAGCGAAGUCAGCCUCGGACGUGGGUUCAGUGGAUAAGUAUCUGCAGCUACAAGACUCUGUUCCUUGUAAAGUUAGAGCCAAACGUGGCUGCGCCACACAUCCUCGAAGCAUUGCUGAACGGGUAAGAAGAACGAAGAUAAGCGAAAGAAUGAGGAAACUACAAGAGCUUGUUCCUAACAUGGACAAGCAAACGAACACUUCAGAUAUGUUGGAUUUAGCUGUGGAUUACAUCAAAGAUUUACAAAGACAGUACAAGAUUCUAAACGAGAACAGAGCUAACUGCAAGUGUGUGAACAAGGAGAAGAAUUUGAUAUAGCGCACAACAAGGCUUGUGUAUAUAGAACUAAGGAAAGCAAAGAGAGAAUGGGAUAAGAUAGACACAAUGUAAUGUCUGAAUAUUUUUUAGCCGAAACAGAACAAACUGUCUUAUAUGUAAGCUCCUAGCAAAAAAUGCAUUUGCUUUCACCAUAUUAUAAGCAAUUAUAUAGGACUCCAAUCAUUUCUCUCUCUUUUUGUUUA